UGUACUGUUUUAUGAUUCUCUACAGCGGCCCUGGUGGAAGACAUCAUUUUCACAGACUGUGAAGAUGAAAAUGUUUGCCUAGAGCUGUGGCCAGUGAUUAGAAAGGUGUUUCUGUCCGCUUCCAUAGUGGGAACUGCUGCCAUGUCCCGCCAAGCUUUUGGCUGCCUGCCUGAAAAGGGGGACAGCCGCCGGGAAACCACAGGGAAUGGACCUCCCAGUCUGGCUCACCCCGCCCUGGACACAUUCACGCCAGAGGAGCUGCUGCAGCAGAUGAAAGAGCUCCUGGCUGAGAACCACCAGCUGAAAGAAGCCAUGAGGCUAAACAAUCAAGCUAUGAAAGGGCGAUUUGAGGAGCUCUCAGCCUGGACAGAGAAACAGAAGGAAGAACGCCAGCUCUUCGAGAUGCAGAGCAGAGAAGCCAAAGAGCGCCUGAUGGCCUUGAGUCACGAAAACGAAAAACUGAAGGAUGAGCUCGAAAAACUAAGAAGGGAAUCACGAAGAUCAUUAGAGGACCCCAGGGUGGAAGCGGAGCAGGCAGUAGAGCAGCUGAGAGUGAAGGUGGCUCGGCUCCAGAAUGAAAAGGCAGACCUGCUGGGCAUUGUCUCCGAGCUGCAGCUCAAGCUCAACUCCAGCGGCUCCUGUGAAGACUCCUUUGUGGAAAUUAGGAUGGCCGAAGAAGCUGAAGGGGCAAUGAAAGAAAUCAAAAACAGUUGUCCUACGCUCCCAAUAACAGACUCCUCUGACGCGGGCAAAUCGGUGGAAGGCACCAGAAAGUAUUUGGAAUUUGAAUUGGAAUUAACUGUGAGCCAGCUCCUGCUUUGCCUGAGGGAAGAAAACCAGAAAGUGGAGAGACUUGAAAUUGCGCUCAAAGAAGCCAAAGAAAGCACUUUUAAGAAGUAUUUUGCUGGGCUUGGUGGCGCACGCCUGUGCUCUCAGCACUCAGGAGGCUGCAGCAGGAGGAUCGCUGUGAGUUCAAGAACAACCUGGGCUACACAAAUUUCAGAGUUUGAAAAGAAAGCAAAUGAUCGCUCUGAGAUAGAGACCCAGACAGAGGGGAACACAGAAGAGAAGGAGGACAAAGACGCAGAGGCCAUUGGAAGUGAAGUGGAAACAUUGAACCUUCAGGUGACGUCCCUAUUUAAGGAGCUUCAGGAGGCUCAUACAAAACUCAGUGAAGCUGAGCUAAUGAAGAAGAGACUUCAAGAAAAAUGCCAAGCCCUUGAAAGGAAAAAUUUUGCAACUCCAUCAGAGCUGAGUGAAAAGCAAGAGCUGGUUUAUAAUAAUAAGAAGUUAGAACUCCAAGUAGAGAGCAUGCGAUCAGAAAUCAAAAUGGAGCAAGCAAAAACAGAAGAAGAAAAGUCCAAGUUAGCCAUUCUGCAGUUAACACACAACAAGCUUCUUCAAGAACAUAAUAAUGCACUGAAGACAACUGAGGAACUAACAAGGAAAGAGUCAGAAAAGGUGGAUAAGGCGGUGCUGAGGGAACUAAAUGAAAAACUGGAGCUGGCAGAGAGGGCCCUGGCCUCCAAGCAGCUUCAGAUGGAUGAGAUGAAGCAGACCAUUGCCAAGCAGGAGGAGGACCUGGACACCAUGGCAGUGCUCAGGGCUCAGAUGGAGGUUUACUGUUCUGAUUUUCAUGCUGAAAGAGCAGCAAGAGAGAAGAUUCAUGAAGAAAAGGAGCAGCUGGCAUUGCAGCUCGCAAUUUUGCUGAAAGAGAACAACGCUUUUGAAGAUGAUGGCAGUUUCAGUGUCGCUGCAGAACAUCAGCUGCAGUGUGGCUUUGAUCCCAGCAGGCAGUCACUGAUGGAAAUGCAGAGCCGGCAUGGGGCGAGAACCGGUGAUCCUGAGCAGCAGGACUACCUCGUUCAGAGAGGAGCCGACAAUAGGAACUGGCAGGAACAGCAACCCCAGAGCAUCCCGAUCCACUCUUGCCCCAAGUGCGGGGAGGUCCUGCCCGACAUAGACACCCUGCAGAUCCACGUCAUGGACUGCAUCAUUUAAGUGUCAGCAGAUGUCGGCUUUUUUCCUCCGAGACCUGUACUUUUGUCUCACUUGUUUUCCCUCAAAUAUUUUGCCUCAUUAUGCAUCUAAUCUAAAAAAGAAAAACUUCGUGGAUUCCUCAUAAAAUCACAAAAUAGAAUACUUAAUCACCACCCUUCAGAAUCUGAAUUCCCUGGUUUCUGUGUUGUUUGUGCCAGCAGCUGCAUUGUACACGCGGUUCAUCGGCAUGGGGCGUCACGACAGAG